AUGAAAAUCAUCUCGGGUCUGGAUUCCAGAGUGUUCCAAGCGAUUAUGUCCAGCGCGGCCCACUGCGCGGGGUUUCCGUUGAUCCUGAUUCAUCACUUAUUUUUUUUCAUCUUCAAAGGUGACAUCGAAUUUGACUUGUUGAAGAAAGAGAUCCGCUACAAGUUUAGAGCAAUGGAGAGUCUCAAUCAAGAGUGUCUUGCAAGUGAGCUGGGAAAUGCGAUCAAGGAUCACGUCGAAUUUUUCGAGGGGAAAGCGGAGAAAUUUGAGUACCUGCGACUUCCUGCCGAUCUAGAACGUUUUGUUUCAAAGACCAGAGCUUUAAAGCAGAAGAAAAUUUUCACCUGGUGGAAAAAGGAAUGCAAGCGCAAGGACGGCAAAGCGCGUACCGAUGCAUACAUUCUCUCGAAGACUGAGGAACUACGCGAAAGCCAGAAGAAGUUUAUUCAAGCCGAAGGCGAUGGCCUAAGCGCUCGCGAAUACCUCGAGCUCUGCGACGCAAUCCCAGAAAUUUUUGACUGCGAGAAGAAUUUCGACUUCGAGCCGAACGAUCCCUGGUGGGAUGAGAAAGAAGAGAUCAUUCAACUUGCCAGCCGUACUCCGGGAACAGCUAAGAGAAUGAUCCACGACAAGAAAAUUCCUCCCGCAGCGGAUGCCGGCAAGAUGGCGAAGGUCUGCGAAAGCCAGAAGGCUAGAAAGCUCCUCAAGUUUUUGGGAAUUCUUCCACCAGAAGGCAACAAUGAUCCUGAUCGAAACGGCUGGGAGACAUACAUGGCAUACAUGUAA